CAGUCUGCAGUGAACGCCAGAACAGAGCAAAUGCUUCCAGCAACACUUCCCACAUCCAACGCCAAAAACUCUAAAAUCAGGGGAGUGCUUAAGUAACAUUAGUGCUGUAUCUAAGUGAAUACCAAGUGGUCUCUCUAAAGUAAUAUGAAAAUAUUUUGUUGUUCGAGAAAUUGGAAUGUCAAUUCCAGAGAUUCGGUUGGUUCGGAUCGGAAAACUGAUCAUUUUGAUAUCAUAUCGCCCCUUCCAUUCGGGACCAUAAAACAUGAUAAAAACCUCUCAAGUUCCCCACUUCAGCGGAGACAUGGAAUACGUGCUGAACCGCCAAGUCUCAACUUUACUGAAGCUGAAACAAUCCCCAAGGAUUGCGAAACGAAUAAUCUUCUGCGAAAUGCAAUCCUCACAAAUGACUACCUCAAGAACAUCAUGGAUGAUACACGGUUGCAGCUUCUUGUGGAUGCUAUGAUACCAGGAAGUGCAGAGGAGAACACCAUGAUUAUCAGUGAAGGAGAUGAAGGGGAUGCAAUGUACGUUUCGUACGAAGGGAAGUUUGAAGUCCUGAUCGGGAAUAAAUUCAUGGGAGACUUCGGUCCAGGAAUUCUCUUUGGGGAGCUGGCAAUUCUCUACAUGGCUAAGAGAUUUGCCUCCAUUCGGGCACGUACGAAUGUGAAGUUCUACAAACUCCCACGGCAGGUCUUUCAGAGAAUUAUGGUUGAUACAGGCCGACGUGAACGGAAUGAUAAUAUGCGCUUCCUCAAAGGUGUUGAAACCUUCAAGCGCUUCACAAAUAGAUCCUUUGUGAUCAAUCGCAUGACUGAUCUCCUCCGUCGGGAAUUCUAUCCAGCAGGAUGGGAGAUCAUUAAGCAAGGCGACAUUGCUGAUAAAUUCUACAUCAUUCGUGGUGGAACGGCAACGGUUUCGCUGAAGUAUGACAACGGGAGGAAGCUUGAUGUGAAUGUUCUCAAGCGUGGAGAUUACUUUGGGGAUCGAUCUCUAAUCACGGAGGAAAUGCGAGAUUGUACAGUAACCGCCAAUAGUCCGGGAACUGAGUGUUUGAUUUUGGACAAAAGUGACUUCAUCAGAUACGUUGACUACAAAGUUCUCGAUCAGGAUAGGAAAAUCUCACUAACGGACUUGAGUGUGAUCGGAACACUUGGUGAGGGUGGAUAUGGCCGUGUAGAGCUCGUUAGUGGACCAAAUGAUGAGCGAUACGCUCUAAAGUGCCUCAAGAAAGUGGAUGUGGUACAGAAGCAACUGCAAGAGGAAGUUUACAGUGAGAAAACAUUACUGAAAAUGUGUGAUCACAGUUUUAUUGUAAAACUAUGUGCCACUUUCAGAGACACCCGCUAUGUUUACUUCCUAAUGGAACCCUGUCUCGGCGGUGAUCUCUGGACGCUUCUCCAAAAGAAGCGAAAAUUCCGCGAAUCACACGCAAAAUUCUACCUAGCUUGCGUUAUUUCUGCCAUUGAGUACCUUCACUCGAAAAAUAUUAUCUACCGCGAUCUAAAGCUUGAGAAUCUCAUGUUGGAUUCCAGUGGGUACCUCAAGCUUAUUGAUUUGGGUUGUUCCAAGGAAACCGUACCCGGGGAGAAGACGUACUCAUUUGUCGGUACGGCGGCGUAUAUGGCCCCUGAAAUUAUCAUGAAUCGCGGAUAUUGUCGAUCUAUUGACUGCUGGUCACUUGGGGUGCUGGCCUUUGAACUCCUUACGGGCAAAGCUGCCUUUACGGGAAGCACAAACUUUAUAAUCUUCAAUGAGAUCCUCAGAGGAAUCCCCCAAAACCGCUAUCCUAGACACCUUUCCAAAGCAGCAGUAAGCCUCAUUUCUGGACUCUGUCGCGUGAAUCCAAUCAAAAGGCUUGGAUGCCAAAAGGAGGGUAUCUCAGGCCUCCGUACGCAUGAUUUUUUCCGCAAGUUUGACUGGAAAGCCCUCACAACCAUGACAAUGAAACCACCAUACGUGCCAAAGGUAAAAAAUCUCACUGAACUCCUGGAAGACCAUAAACCCUACGUCGAACCACCAGAAGACUUUACCGGAUGGGAUGAAGGAUUUGAAAGUUAAAAAAAAACCAAAAAUGAAAACCAAAAGAAAAUCCAUAACAAAAACUAAUGUUAUUUAUUUUUUUCAACUUUUGUGCUGUCUUUUUAUUUAUUUCAAUUUUUUAUUCUAAAUUAUACUUUGAAAAAUUA